GUGCCGUGAAUUUCGCACUCUGGGCCUGCAACCUGCCAACCCUGCGCGUCCUGCGCGCCACGCCUGACGGCAUGGCCGUUGCAGCAUUCAACGUUCUCCAGCCAACCACUCCCACCGCGCCCGGCAACGCACUUGCACCCACUCCUGGUCCUCCCACCAUCACCAACACGCCUGACGUGGCGUGGAGCGUGUACGGCCACGGAUUCGAAGUCGUGCACCUGUGGGAAGCCUGGCACGCGCCCGUUUCCGUAGAUAAAUGGCGGCGCCUGCAUGCUGCUCUCCUGCACAUGAUGCACUCUCGCCAUGGCGCACCACCCGACAUGAUCAACGUGCUCCCGUAUCAGCUUGCGUGGGUACUAGCGCACGUGCCCUAAACGAGGCUAGCUCUGCUUGCAUCUGCACCACGACUUGCAACAAGGGAGACGUAGGCCUCACACAUCAAUGACGGCUGUUGAGCACAGAUCAUCACAAGCGCUGAGGUGGUAUAGCUGUUGUUGUUGCACUGUUGCGUGUCUUCACAGUCUGCCUCACGGAUGGGCACCACCAUAGAAGCACUAAUGAUGUUGGGGGCGGUCGUUACGUUUGCCUUGACCGAGCGCUAGAAUUGAUGGCAUAUCGUAAGAAGGCUCAAAGGGCUGUAUCUAGGCGUGUUGACUGUUGACGGCGGGAGACAGGGAUUCCCCUGACGGCAGACUCGGGUUACGUCGGCGGGACGCAGCAAGGAGUGGGCGUAUCAUGUCGGUGUCCACAUCGUGCGGAUCAGUGGCGGAGCCCCGGAAACAAUUUUGAGGAGGAGGAGGGUGUGCACAAUCAGGCCCCCGGCCUAGCUGGUAGCGAUUUGACUCGUCCUUACGGCAGAAGGGACCCGGGUACAAAUCCGGAUAAAAGCCCAAUUAUGCAAAAGGCGAAAAAUUGGUGCGAAACCGAUCGGUGAUCCCACGAAUGAAAAAGGUCGUGGUGCAGAAGUCCGAAGUGUAGAGGCGUCCAAGGUGCGGUCCAAGGUCCAAGAUCCAAGGUCGAAGCAGGAGCGCCAUGGCUCUGGCAUGUUGCAACUAACUGGCAUUGCUCCGCAGCUUUAGUGCGGCGUUCCCUAGCGACAUAGGGUGAUGGCUAGGAUAGGGUGGCGCUGAUUGGCUAGGAUAAGGUGGCUCGGAUGUGCUAGGAUGAUGGUGGCUAGGAUGCGGUGGUGCAGACCGUAGAGUCCGCUUGGCAGUGCUGGGGUUGCACUCGCAAGCGAUUCUCCGAUAAUCUCACGCUAGGAGCUUAGGCCCAGUGUAACCUUUCUUUCUU